UAAACCACCCCAUCCGCAUAUCAGAAAUGCAGAUCUAAACACAUACUGCAGCCGAACGGUUGACAGAGAUUCUACUCGUGUUUUAUUUCAAUCGUUUUUGAGUACAAAGGAAGAUAUUUCAGUAUUGAAUCGGACGAUAGCAGCUGUGUAUGUUCUGAAAGUUGACGACUCGGACUCAAAUCCCAUAUGUUGAGCUUCCGGGGAGAUAACUCGCAGUAUCAACAAUCGGUCGCGAGACGAUGAUCACAAGGCUACUGCAGCUGGCCGUGGCGAUCGUGCUUGUCCAGGUAAUCUGCCAGCACCGGGAAACCGAAGCGAGUACUCAUUGGCUGCUGAACACCGAAGGGCAGAUUAUUCCUCAGCUCUCAUCUCCAUUCUAUCUGCGGCGAUCGCACGACCUGGUGGCCUUCCUGAACCAAAAUGUGUACAAACAGAAAAUAGAUCUCAUCAUCAGCGAGCUGCUGGCAAUCAAGGCGAAUCUCACGGCCAAAAUGAACAAUUUGGACGCGUACACCAACGACCUGACGAACAAGAUCGGUUGCAUACCGAACUUCUAUCUGGACGAGACGGCCAUCCUGAGCACAAUUCUGAGCUCCGUCUACAUCUACCGGUUGAUAAUUCCGGAUGAACAAAAUCCGAUCGGGUCCAUUGAGAGCACAAGUGAAAGCAUUAGCCCCAGCACUAGUACAAGUACAAGUAACAAAUCCUCGAAGUCGAAAGCUCCGGUACCCAGAUGCGGGGACUACCUGCCAAUGGAUUUUCAUAUGGCCAGUUUCGAGCACCUGGAUGGGGUGUUCAAUCGGUCUCGGCUCAAAAUGGUCCCAGAGUACAUGUUCAAAAAGCUCGAGUACCACAUACCAUCCACCAAUUCACCACAGGCCUUAGUCGACCAGCUGAAACAGCACCCAAAAUCUUGGAAAUAUCACACAUUAGCGUCCUACUACUGGCGCAAGCAAGGGAACGCCCCGGAAGCGAUAGAAUGUGCCCGUAGAGCAGUAGCCUUAGCCCCGAGGGAGCACAAAGACGUCGCGCUGCUCAGUAUGGGAUCGAUACUGCAGCGGGCCCAGUACAUCAACGAUUCGCUUGUGGUGGUUCAGGCGGCCGUCGAUCACGACCCGAACGAGCCGGAGAAUCAGAUUGCCCUCGGGAACACCUAUAUGUUGCUGUCGGAUUUCAAUCGGUCCUUCGAGGCGUACCGGUUGGCGGAGAGCAUCAAUUCGGUGUACGCCGAGCACAACGAUUACAUCAAAAAGUCGAUUAACUGUUUCAAGGAUUUCAAAAUUAAUCUACUGACGAUGGAAAGGUUGCUCCAGGACAUCAUUCCUGGUUUGGAACGAUACGGUGCGCUCCAGAAAGAAUUCGACGAGUAUCACGAACUGCUGGAUCGGGAACAGGCCCCCCUCAAGACGCGCGUCUUCGACGACGCGUACGGCAAGCAGAUGGACUUCCUGAUCCAGCGCAGCCAGAUCUGCACUAGCCGGAUGAGCCGGGAACGCAGCGAGCCGAUCCUGUCCUGCGACUUCAUCUCCGACGUCCAGAUGCUGAUGGAGGACUUUGCCGUCGAGAUACUGAACAACUACGUCGAUCUCAAGAAGGAACUGAUCAACACGUACAAACUCAACUCGCUCGGGGUGUACAACAAGAUCUUGGUGGAAAACUUUUGAGGGUUUUCCUUUUUUUUUGAAGUCCAAGUCCUCAAGGCCGAGCCUUGUUGUUUUUAACAUCAUUAAUAUUCUGAUAUCUAUGUUUUUGUUAAGCUAGAAGAACAAAAAGUUUGAACCGGAAGGUUUGUUUGGUCUAAAGUUUGUUAACAAACUGUAAUAGUUUUUUUGUAGAUAGGAAAGAACUUAACCGGAACAAUUUGAACCGAAACAUAUCGAAAACGGUUUUAAAUUUGUUGAUUUUUUCCCUGUUCGGAAAACUAAUAAAAUCAAUCAAUCCAUUA